CGUGAUUCCAUCUGCAACAGCCUGCAGCUGCGCGAUACCAAGACCCAAUGAUGUGGUUCAGCACAAGCAAAUGCCGUCAUACUGGGACCGAAGUACAUAUAUCUUCAAGCCAGCCCACCUCACUUCCUCCAACACUUACAAACCUUAACUACCAGCACAAUGCCAGAAACCAACCCCCGGGACAUCCUCCCGAACCUCCCCUGCACCCUCCCAGAAACAGGCAUCCCAGCAGACACCAACAUCCGCAAGAUCGCGGGCUUCUCCGACCUCUUUCGCACCGACCUCACGCCCGCUUCCUUCACCCAAGACGCAGUAUGGCGGGACACCUUCGCGCUGACCGGCACCUUACGAACCUUCUACUCCGCCCCCACCAUCUGCGACGUCUUCAACCGCCUCCGCGCCAGCCGAGAAGCCCAUGCCUUUCGUGUCACCAUCGACGCCGCGAAGCCCGUCUGCCUGAGCGCCGAAUGCGGCUGGAUCGACGUGCCCUUCGUCUUUCAGACCCGAUCAUGCCCGGUGACCGAUUGCUCCGGGGUGGUGUCGCUGGUCCGGGCCGCGGACGAGGAGUAUCGGGUGUGGAUGCUGUGCACGAUGCUUGAGGGACUGCACGGGCGCGCGAAUGUGGAUUCUCUGUGUCCCGGGGUGCAGAGCAUCCAUGAGAUUCGCUGCACCGAGAAUAUGGACGUUGAAUGUCUGGUCGUCGGGGCGGGACACUCGGGGCUGGGAACGGCGGGCCGGUUGAAGGCGCUGGGGGUUUCGUGUAUUGUGAUUGAGAGGAAUGCGCGGGUUGGGGAUAAUUGGCGGAGGAGGUAUGAUUCGCUGAGGUUACACACCAUUCGCAAUUGGUCUCAUCUCCCCUUUGAGCGCACCUUUCCCCCUUCGUGUGGGGAGUGGUUGACCAAGGAUCAGCUGGCGGAAGGACUGGAGUCCUGGUCGCAGCGGUUUGGGAUUAAUGUCUGGACGACGACCGAACUGGAAUCCGGAAUUUGGGACGAGAUGAAGAGGAAGUGGACGCUGAGACUUCAACAGUAUGGAGAUGAUCAGCGGCCGAGUCGUCGUCUGUCAGUCACUUGCUCUCAUGUCGUGCUUGCGACUGGCGGACCGGCGUUGACACCUCGCAAGCCUCGAUUUCUGGGCGAGGAUAUUUUCAAAGGUGAGAUCCUGCACUCGGCGAAUUACAAGAACGGGCAGAAAUGGAAAGGUAAACGGGGCGUGGUGAUCGGCUCAGCCAAUACAGGCCACGACAUGGCGAAAGAUCUGGUCGCAUCGGGGGCUUCAAGUGUCACCAUGGUGCAGCGCAGUACAACUUAUGUUCUGCCUCGGGAAUACUUGCAGCGAGCAUGGGAAGGCAUGUUCAACGAUGCGACGCCUACUGAAGUCUCCGACCGCGAGAUGAACCUCGUCCCGACGGCUGUGGCGCGUCUGAUAACCAUGGCAGCCGUGCAUCCCCAGGCGGCGGCCGAGCCAGAGCGAUUCCAGGAUCUUGUUCGCGCUGGGUUCCGAGUAGAAGUGUUUGGAGAUCUGAUUUAUCAGUUGAAUCAGCGCCUUGGUGGGCAUUCUAUGGAUACAGGGUCAUCGGCAAUGAUCGCCAGGGGCGAGAUCAAAGUCAAGUCCGACAGCCCGAUAGUCUCGUACACAGAAGAGGGCCUUCUUUUCGAAGACGGGAGUGUUCUUCCGGCGGAUGUUGUGAUCUUCGCGACGGGGUUCACAGGGAACCUCCGUGACUCGGUCCGCACCUUCUUCGGCGAAGACGUCUACGAUCGCGUGGAGGACUAUUGGGGUAUUGACCCGGAGGCUGAGUUGAAGGGCGUUUACGUCCCAAUGGGCCAUCCCGGUCUAUGGUAUAUGGGAGGAGGGAUGGGCCAAGCUAGAUUCUAUUCGAGAUUUGUGGCCUUGCAGAUCCGUGCCAGCCUCGAUGGAACUCCACUGCCUGUGUACCGAGGAAUACACCUAAAGGAAAACUCGGCAUCGUCGGCAAAUUCUCAUCUCUCAUAAUCCAUUGCGGGACCCCUAGGGUAGAAGCUCCCCAUUGCAGCCGCUCGAGAAGGUAGAUUGAAUGAUGUCCCGGCUGCCCUAGCAUUGUCAUAUGUAGCAAUGUGCUACUUGCACUCAAUUCUGAUUUGAUUCUCAUGUGAACUGCCAUCGCCAUGCCUUUCAAAAAGCCGGCAGCGGUCCUGAGAUCAUGACUUGUCCCGCCUUCCUCCAUUCAAGCUUCUCAGCCAGCAUAUCCCAGCUCAGUGGACCGUCAAAUCGUCCUAUGCCUUUCAGGCGAGCCGCCACAGACGCAACUAGCUGUUCGAACUGGUCUUU